AUGGUGAUGUGCAUCGUGGUGGUAAUGGAGUUCGGUGGUGGUAAAGUUGGUGGUUCGGGUGGUGAUGUUGGUGAAGUUGAUGAAGGUGACGAACUUGAUGAAGAGAUGAUAAUAGUGCUUGCAAGGGCGAAGGAGAUGGACAAAUUGGAAGAAGAUGAGAGGUGUCCCAAGAUAAAGAGAGGGAAGGAGACAGUCGCUUGGAAAUUAGAUUUUAACAAGGCGUACGAUCGGGUGCAAUGGGAUUUCCUGGAAGAAACUCUUCUUCGAAUGGGUUUUCAUGCUAGGUGGGUUCGUUUGGUCAUGGAAUGUGUCACUUCUGUAAAAUUCUCUAUCUAUGCCAAUGGAGAGAAACGUACAGAGUUUACCCCAUCUUGUGGACUCCGCCAAGGUGAUCCUCUUUCUCUGUAUUUAUUUCUUUUGGUGGCUGAUGUACUCUCGAACCUUCUUACUCACAGGUUGAACUCGAACUCCAUCUUAGGACUCAAAAUGCGCCGAACUUGCCCUACGCUCUCUCAUUCUUUCUUUGCAGACGAUGCUAUUCUCCUCUUCAAAGCUGAAGCAUUGGAAUGUGAGUCCAUUCUGAAAGUUCUGAAGGUGUAUAGUGAUGCUUCUGGACAACUUCUCAAUUUUGACAAAUCUGGUCCUUUAUUUUCAGCUAACUCCUCUACUAGUCUAUCCAAUUCUAUUUGUCAUCUAUUGGGUGUCACAAAAGCCAACCCCAAAGCUCAAUAUCUAGGCCUACCAGCUUCUUGGGGAAAGUCGAAAAGUGAGGCUUAUGGGUUCUUAUUAGAGAAAGUGCUAGCCUAG